GUUCGUUCAACAAAUGCGUCUUGUCCGUGUAACGGCGUUGUAAUACCGAUACAGUUACUCCCGUUGUAUGCAGUUAAGUGACUUGCUGGACCUACUGACUUAUUAUUAACAAUAACAAAUAGAUGUACAUCGUCUCUGCUCAUUAGAAACGCGAGUGAGAUAUUCAGAAGUAAUGAAUAUGAUUGCCUAAUGCCCUAAUUGCCUAACAAUCUCAUGAAAUACGUAGUUCGUUUUAACCUACAAGUUGACAUUGCUUUGUUCAUUAUCACCAAAUCACGCAUAGGUAAUUCCCAGCCAUUCAAGACAUUCCACUGCUUCAACCAGCUAGCAGCUGCUACAGGAAUGGAGGUCUCCAGCACUCAAACCAGAGCCAUUGGCAGAGGUAGAGGCAGACCAGCACAAGCAUUAUACAUGCCACCUGCAAGAAGGCACAGAGAGCCUACAGUGCAUAAUUGUGACAAAAUGAAAACUGAUAACAAGCCAAUACCAGAAUCUACAGAUAUUAAGAUAAUGGACGAUUCCGCAAUAGAUAUCUCAGAAAACGACGAAAUUCCACUUCAAAACUUUGUUGAUCUCAACAUAAAAGACAUAACAAACAAGUGCAUCAAAUCACCAAGAAGUGAAUCACAAUCAAACAUAAACAAUAAAAUACCAGUUAAUAUCAUUGACAGUGUGCAAGAAAAUGUAAAAACACUAGAUUCAGACGUAAAAAAACGAAAAGAUGAGGCAAAAACACCCAAAACGCGUAACUCGAAAGUGAUGGACGUGAAGUGCGACGUUUUGCAAAUCAGUUCAGCGAAAAAUAUCAAAAAAUCACCGAUUAAAUUGGUACAGGUCGAUCAAUGGGAGGAUUUGGUCAACAGCGACGAAGAACCGUCAUCACCUGAUGGUACAGUACAAAAAAAUAAAGCUGUGAUUACCAAAUAUGACGAUGAUGACCAUGAAGAAUAUGAAAAUCUCAACAAUGAUCAACUUGAGCAUAUUGUAGAAAUCUACGAUUUUCCUUCGACGUUCAAAACGCCUGAUAUCAUGCAGAUUUACAACGAAAUGGACCAGGAGUCGAUGUAUAUCAAGUGGUUGACUGAAACACGUGCGCUUUUGGUUCUUGGUUCAGCUAUGCAAGCAAAACGCGCGCUUGGAAUUGAAAAUCCCUUCAUAAAAUCGCGCCCAGCUGCACUAGGAAGUCACAUGGCGUUGGAAGCAGUGCGUACAUCAAAGCUGCGACCUGCAAUGAAACGUCCACAGACAUCAAUGCAAGCUGCGCGCAGAAUGAUCACCACCGCUCUAGGGGCGAAGAGCACAGUUAGUCGGGAAGUACAGCAACGUGAACGUGACGCUCUGCGGAAAGCCAAGGAAGAGAAACGUAAUCAGAGACAAAGCGAACGCGAUGCCUGGGAGGGUAAUCCACGCCCAACAUCUGCUUGAUUCAUUUAAAUGAAGUCUUAUUUUAAAUUUUCUCAUCUCUAUCAUGUUAAAAUUGUAAGAAUGCGUCUUGAUGUGAUUUCAAGCCGUUUGACAUUAGUGCCUAAUUGAACAAUGUGAUAAUAGUUGUAUGAACCUGUAUUUUGUUUAAGAAUCUAAGUGAAUGUAUGUAUUACAACUAACAAACUCAAUUGUAUUUCUGCUAAAACUAUUGUAUUGUAUUCCGUGCAAUGUUAGGUUCAAAUUGAGGUAAUUAUUGUACUUUUAGUCAAUUAAAGUAAAGCUAAUGACUGUUGGUAACAUGAUUAUGGUCAAUUUGGAAAUAAAAACGUCUUGUGACUUAGUAAUUAUAAGAAA